AUGGCAUCCCCAGCCUCACCUUCCGCUGCGCUGGUCCGCCCCGCCACCGCAGCCGACAUCCCGCACAUCACCGCCAUCCACAACCACUACAUCACCAAUACCGUGACGACGUUCCGCACCGAGCCGCUCUCCGAGGCCGAAGUGCAGAGCGCCGUGGCCGCCAGCGCCGCCGCCGGCCUUCCCUUCCUCGUCGCCGCCGCCGCGGACAACGACGCCGCGCACGUGCUCGGCUUCGCGUACGCCGCGGGGUACCGCACGCCCGUCCGGCCCGGGUACCGCCACACCGCGGAGAUGACGAUCCUGCUCGCGCCCGCCGCCCGGGGCGCGCGGCGUCGGGACGCAGCUGAUGCGCGCGUUGAUCGCCGAUCUGCGCGGCUCUGCCAGUCCUGGCCCGGGGAGCGGAGCCGUGACGGAGCCGGCGGGCGUAAAGCAGCUCCUGGCGGUGAUGGCGCUCGACGUGGACGGCCGCGACGCGGGCUGGGGCCUGCGCGACUGGUACAUGCGCUUCGGGUUCGUGCAGGCGGGGCACCUGCGCCGGGUCGGCUGGAAGAUGGGCCGAUGGGUCGACACCGUCAUCAUGCAGCUGUCGCUGGAUGA